UUACAGAUGAUAAUCUCACCUAUUUGAGGGAAAUGGCACAGAGGAGAGAUGAGAUUGAGGUGAGAUGCUGUAAAGAUGAAAUGUGAAAGUGAGUUCAUACAGAUCCUAAAGCGUCACAUCAUUGUGUUUGUGAAGCAGAAGAUCAAAGCCGAUGUGAUCAGUCAGGUUAAACACCAACUGAAUGAAGUUCUGGACAAAGCGCUCACAGACUCAAAGCAAAACACCGACGGGAAGGGAAACUCUAACAGCAGGCACAACCUGGAGCAAGGGAAGGUGUUUGUGGCCAGAUGCUCUCUGCUAGAUGAGUUAUUCGAGAUCAGUCACAUCAGGACCAUUUAUCACAUGUUCAUCGCUGCACUUUUUCUCUUUGCCCUGAGCACUCUGGCAGUGGAUUACAUCGACCAGGGCAGACUGGUGCUGGACGUUGAUUUGUUUUUGUAUGCUUUCGGUCAGCUGAGUACGGUCAUAUGGGCCUGGGGUCUUAUGUUUGGUUACACAUUGCUCGGGCCGUAUCAUGUUGUGAGAGUUUGGGGAAGACUGUAUCACAGCUGUCAGAAGAGGACCCGAGUGACAGCAGGGACGGCUCUGAUCCUGUUUGCGGCGCAGCUGAGCAUGCUGGGAAUAUUUCCAGUGUAUGUAGUGCUGCGGUAUCAGCUGCCGCCCGCGUCACGAUUCAUCAUCAUAUUAGAACAGAUCAGAUUUGUGAUGAAAAGCUACUCGUUUAUUCGUGAGACGGUACCAGUUGUUCUCAGAAACACAGCACAGAAGGGUGAACUGCUGAGAUACCCGUCUUUCCACAGUUAUCUCUACUUUUUAUUUUGUCCCACACUGAUCUAUCGGGAAGUUUAUCCACGAAACUCGUACAUCAGGUGGAACUAUGUUGGCAAAAACUUUCUAAAGAUUUUGGGCAGCGUGUUCUAUCUGUACUUCAUCCUGGUGCGAUUGUGCAUCCCGGUGUUUAUGAACAAAAGCAGUCAAGCGUUCAGCACACGAACACUCAUACUGGCUCUGUUUCAUGCCACUUUUCCAGGAAUGCUGAUUUUAAUGUUGGGAUUUUACGCCUUUCUACACUGUUGGCUCAACGCCUUCGCCGAGAUGCUGCGUUUUGCUGACCGGAUGUUUUACAAAGAUUGGUGGAAUUCAACCUCUUUCACAAAUUACUAUCGCACCUGGAACAUCGUCGUACACGACUGGCUUUACUACUACGGUUAUAGAGACUUGCUCGGGCUGUUGGGUCAGAAGUUUCGAUCUAUGGCCACACUCUCUGUGUUUGCGCUUUCUGCUUUGGUUCACGAAUACGUCUUCACCCUGGGCUUCGGUUUCUUCUACCCAGUGAUGUUCUGUACAUUCGCUGGAAUCGGAGUGGUGUUUAACUUUACCCUGAAUGACAAGCGUAAGAGUCCGGCGUGGAACGUCAUUAUGUGGACGUGUUUGUUCAUCGGUCAGGGGGUUCAUGUGUGUCUGUACUGUCUGGAAUGGUACGCCCAGAUUCACUGCCCGCGUACCGGGACAAGCUUCUGGGAGCUGGUGACACCCCGAUCGUGGACAUGUAGCUAUCAGUGAAGACACAUCGCUGAGCGACCCGACUGAACCAAAAACAGAAAGAGAGCUACUGAGACAGCGAAACACCAUGCUAAAUGUAAAUAAAUGUAAACUAGACAGAUGUGAAUGUAAAGAAAACGUCUUUGCUUAAUGUUCGUACAAUAAAUGGUUUUGGUAUUGCGUAGUGUGACCGCAUAAAAUCCCAAAGCAAGACCACGUGAGAGCCACUAAGAUUAAAAUGACAUUUUUAGACUUAUUUUUAAAAACAACUUGUGAUGUGAUAUAUUUAAUGCAUAAAAUGUAGCAUAUUUGUCUUUCUGUAAAUUAUUAGUUGACAUGAAUGCAUACUUUAACCGACGUGUGUGUAUAGUCCAAUCAAUGUGAUGAUAAAAGCAAAAAUAUUUGUAAACAUUUAAAUGAACUGAGGUAUCAAGACACAGAAGGUUAACCGUCCACCGCUUCCCUAAAACUGCUGUAUCGUUUGACACGCAGACGACAGACAGAAGUUAUCACAAUAAUCACACGCAUGUACAUUUAAACACAACUUCCUCAUUUACCAAACACAAAACUUUCCCACAGCUUUAUUCAACAUACUUAAGAUAAGAUUUAUCGCACAUGCUCAAUAAAGUCCCGUUUUUAUUGUAAAUGUUUCCUGGUUUCCUCUUCUCACUUUCAUUUGCUACAUAUUUCCUUCUCACAUAACUUGAGUUUUAGAUCUACACUGUAAAAAAACUGUAAUUUUACAGAAUUCUGUUAUUUUUAACAGCUUUUCCACGUAAAUUUUUUUUUUUUGCACUGUUUGAACAGGAUUUUUAUGUAUUUUUGGAAUACGGUCAAAAACCGUAAAAUGACAGAAAAAGACCGCAAAUUUACAAGAAAACAGUGGGGGUGUAAUUUUACAGGGAAAAAAAGCUAUUUU